AAACCUGAUCUCUACGGCCGUUACAUUGACGAUUGCAUCGGUGCCACCUCCUCUACCAAAGAGGAGCUCACUCAAUUUAUAACCGCCGUCAGUUUCUUUCAUCCGGCUCUUAAAUAUACCUGGGAAAUUUCCAACACUUCUUUGGCUUUUCUAGACAUCAAAAUUUCAAUUGAAGGCAACGGUUUAUGCACUAGUGCUUACUACAAACCUACAGAUUCACAUAGUUACUUGUUGUAUUCAUCUUCACAUCCAUCACACGUCAAGAACUCCAUACCUUUUUCACAGUUUCUCAGACUUCGUCGUUUACGUAGUGACGACUCUGAUUUUUCCGAAAAAUCAGAGGCAAUGUGCCAGUUUUUCGAUAAAUGUGGCUAUCCUGUUUCUGUCGUUCAAGCGGGCCACCACCGUGCCCAACAAAUUGAUCGACAGUCAGCUCUACAAACGGCUGAGAAGGAAAACACUGACCCGGCGCAUUCCAUUUACUCUUACAUUUCACCCUCACAACCACGCAGUUAA